AUGGACGUGGACUGCCUGAGCUGUGUUAAAGAAGCCGGAGUGGAUCUGAUGACGAUGACGACGGAGAUGGAGAACCUGACCUCCUCUUUGCUCGUCGGCGCAACAUCUUCCUUACCUUUCGGUGGUCCCCAGGAGCCGGCGGAGACCGGAGGCAACGGGCAGCCCCCGGUGGAUGCCAUGAAAGAGAUGAUAUUUCUCGUCGCGGCGAUGCAGCCCAUUCACGUAAACAGGGAGCUGCUGAAUCCGCCAAAGCGGCGGAAUGUGAGGGUCUCGAAGGACCCCCAGAGCGUGGCGGCCAGGCACCGGAGGGAGAGGAUAAGCAGGAGGAUAAGGAUGCUGCAGCAGCUCGUCCCCGGGGGGCCCAAGAUGGACACGGCGUCGAUGCUUGACGAGGCCAUCCACUACGUGAAGUUCCUCAAGCGCCAGGUGCAGUUCCUGGAGCGGGCAGCCAGCUCCGCCGUAAACGGGCUAUCCACUACCGGUGCUGCCACCACCACCACCACCACCACCACCGGUUUCUCUGCAGUUGGCACAGGAUUCAUGGAUGGAAGCUACUUGUGGUUCGAGAAAGGGUACGAUGGUGGGCUGGGGAGUUCAUCACGAACAACAAUGUCUCAGAUGCAUGUCGAGCGGAAAUGA